UUUAUUACUUACACGUGUGAAUCACUGCGCACAAUUUUUCUAUGGCACUGUGAUCAAAGACAAUUGGGCUUUUAGUUAUUAAUUGUGUCGACGAUUAUUUUAGUUACUAUAGUUGACUGACUUCACGCCGUUAUUACCUUUAGUCUGAGGUAGAUAUCGAAAUAUUAAUACUGUUUAACCAAUGCCACAGUAUUGGGAUACUUAAUGGCACGGAGAUAGACAGGCCUGAAGUUACACGCAACGCAACCUAUAAGCAACAAUCGGGCGUACGUUUUAAAGUAACUCUUCCAACCCCCACCGCAGUUACCGUUUUUCCAAGGCUACAUUACAUUGUCUAAGAAGUGAAAAUUGUUCACUAUUCUCAUUCGGAAAGAUGUUCGGAAGCCUGUUGUUUGUCCUUUUGUGGGGAUCAGGGGUCGCCUACACCGAAUACACUUUGGAUGAUCAAUGGAACCUUUGGAUGAAGAUGCAUGGUAAACUGUACCUGCAUAAGAUUGAAGAGUUCGGGCGCAGGCGGAUAUGGGAAGAGAACCUCAAGAUGAUUAAUCUGCAUAACCUGGAGGCCUCAAUGGGCAUGCACACCUACGACCUGGCUAUGAACCACAUGGGGGACCUGACUCUUGAGGAGAUCUCCAGCACACUUUCUAACAUCCGUGUACCCACUGACCUGGAGAGGGGGCCCUCAACCUUCACCAGGAUGCCAGUGAUAUCUGUGCCACUAUCUCUGGACUGGAGAGAGAAGGGUCUGGUCUCUGAGGUGAAAUUGCAGGGUUCCUGUGGGUCUUGUUGGGCCUUCAGUGCUGUAGGGGCCUUGGAAGGUCAACUGAAGAAGACCACUGGAACCCUUGUGAACCUCAGCCCUCAGAACCUGGUGGACUGUUCUGGCAAGUAUGGCAACUAUGGCUGCAAUGGAGGCUUCAUGACCAAUGCCUUUAAAUACGUCGUCAAAAAUCAAGGGAUUGCUUCAGAGGCAGCCUAUCCCUACGUUGGUAAGGAAGGAGGGUGCAAGUAUGAGACAGAACAUCGAGCCGCUAACUGCACUGGUUAUGAGUUCUUACCCACGGGGGAUGAGGAGGCGUUGAAGGAGGGUCUGGCCGUUAUCGGUCCCAUCUCUGCCGCCAUCGACGGCUCCAGGCCAAAGUUUGUCUUCUAUCACCAGGGAAUUUACAAUGACCGUACAUGUAAAAGAAAAGUAAAUCACGCUGUCUUGGUUGUGGGUUAUGGCUCUGUAGAUGGACAGGAUUACUGGCUCGUCAAGAACAGUUGGGGUGUAUACUUCGGGGACAGAGGCUAUGUCAAAAUGGCGAGGAAUGAAGACAACCAGUGUGGUAUAGCUCUAUAUCCAUGCUACCCUAUUAUGUGAAAAUCAUACACCAAGGAUGGAUAUUUACCAGCUCGUUUUGGACUUCAAACAAAGCAAAUGGUGUGGGUGUGUGUGCAUAUUUGCCAAUGAAAAAUAUUAUAAUAAAGAAUAACAAUUGUAAA